AUGAUUGGAAGGUUUCUCAAUGAAAGUGGUGAGAAUAUCUAAAUCAAAAUGUUCAUUUCACAAUUUCUAAUUCAGAAAGAUUAUCACUUCGUCCUACAGUCACACGCAAUGCUGGUGAAGGUUGUUGGUCCGCAAUGCUUGAUAGAUUUGAAGAGAGCGGUGAGAUUGCGCAACGUAGAAAUAUGCAAGAAUAUGAGUAUACAAAGGACAAAAAUGUCAGUUUAUAUCGAUAUAUAGAAAAGAUUUUAUCAAUUUUUUUGUAUUACAGAACAAAUCUGAUAGAUUACUGGCGCAUGUUUCGAAUCGAUUGAAUCACGAUGACUUUGUACCAGAAGAAGAUGAAGCAGAAGAUGAUGAUGACGAAAUUGAAAAACUUCGGAAAGAAAUGGAACGAUUAUCACAACUCGAAGCAGAUCAAUAUAAUCAAGAUCUCGAUGAAAUAGAAACACCGGUAUUUCUUCGAAAAGAAUUUGAAAAUUUCAUGAAGCAACGAUUUUUAGCCGGAAAAGAUAAAGAGUAAGUUCUACAUUAUCGUCAUUUUCCCCAACAUUUUCUUUGUUUCAGAUUUUUCGACUAUUCAAAAUGUGAAAAUAGUAAAAACAUUGAUAAAAUAAGAGAGCGAGACGAGGAAGAAAAAUGGUUUGAUGAUGAAUAA